CCACCCGCGCAACUACGGUCCGGGUUCCCGCAAGUGCCGCGUCUGUGGUAUUCAAUGAUAUUUUUUCAUUUGUUUUCGGAAGAAGGAUAGGUUUUUAGUUUUUUUAGGUUGCUUUCCCGGAAUGUCUUUUGGCCAUUAAUCGCAACAGGAAGUAACAUACAAGGUGAUUAUUGAAUGCCGAAGAGCUCUAGUAUCUCAGUCCAGGCAAAGAACCAUAAUAUCAACCAAUUCGCCCUCAUUACAGGUAACCAGCACGCCUUGGUCCGCAAGUACGGUAUUAACAUCUGCCGUCAGUGCUUCCGCGAGCGCGCGACCCAGAUCGGCUUCGUCAAGUACCAGUAAGGUGCACCUUGAGAAGGAGAGGAGGGCAGGAUCCUUCGACAGGAGUAGACACGACGCGCUGCUUCUGGUUUGGUCCAACCCUUGAGAUUGAUGACGGGACACUCUACGUUGCGAAGUACAAUGUAAUGCUCGCGAUAGAAAAGCGGCCUUUGCGUCCUAGAACAAGAACCGCAAUGCACAGUUGAGUGUUGUGCUUCAGUUUCUCUCGGAGUGGUGUUGUAGUGGAAGAAUUUUUUCAGUGUGAAAAGCGCCUGGAAACGCUGG